GUUCGUAGAUGAUAAAGUGUUCGUCUGCCGGCACUUAUGAGUUUUAAGAAGUCCUGAGGCAGUUCAGAUUUAGAAGUUAUUACAUACCGGCGGUAGCCUUUCUUUUAAAAAACUGAAAUCUGUCAGUGACUUUAAAAAAAAGUCAGGAAUAUUUCACGUUUGUAAGAAAGGACUCGAUUUAAAAAAUUAAAAAGAAUGAAGAAUUUACUUCUAUUAACAGUUGUGAUAGUUUUAUUUAAGACAAUCGUUAGCGAGGAGGUAAAAUGUUCUCAGGGUCUGAAACGCUGCGACUGGGAGAAUUGGAGCACGUGGUCCUCGUGCAGUAAGACAUGUGGUGACGGACAACAGACUAGGUCACGUGGUUUAUGCUGCUUUGAAAGUGAAGGAUUUGAUGACUGCCUGAACAAUUGUGGUAUAAAGGAUGAGGCUCUUGAUACGAAGGAUUGCAGCUCGAUCUGCCCAGCAGGUAACUGUACGUUUGAAAAGUUGACUGACACGGGUAUAGAGGCAACUGACUACCAACAAUUAUAUGGAAACAAACCAGGACUUAUUAUCAAUCCCCCGUUACAUCUUCUCAGUCCAGAAUCAUUUUGCGAACUGUCGUGUCGUGAAGCAAAUCUUCAGAAUGGAUUGUUUUGUUGGACAUAUUCUUACAGUGAAAAGGACAGAUGUUUUCUUCAUUUCUACUCGAAACCUUUGUCCCUAAUCCAUCCAGAGCUCCAGGGUCAGUCCAAGGGAGAGUCAAUCUAUAUUAGACACUGUACGGAAACCGUGGAAUGUCAGUCAACAAACGCCGACAUUGUGUUUGUUGUGGACUCGUCUGGCAGUAUUGGAGGAGAAAAUUUUCUGAAAAUGAAAGUAUUUCUACAGAAUCUUGUAAACAAGCUCGACAUUGACAUAGAUCUGACUAGAGUCGGGUUGCUCGUAUUCAACGACAAAAUGAGAUGGGAGUUCAAGAUUGGAGAGCUCAACAACAAAAUGGACGUUCUUAAGGCUAUUCAGCGUAUACAGUACAUAGUGGGUGGAACACUCACAUCAGAUGCUCUGGAGAAGGUCCGGCUUGAGGGGUUUACUUCCAACAGGACAGGGGUACCGAUGAUUGCAGUGGUCGUCACAGACGGAAUGUCUCGUUUCCCACCACUGACCAGAUUCCAGGCCAGUCUACUUAGGAAGGAAAACGUCCUUGUUUAUUCAAUAGGUGUCGGCAACAGCACUAACAAGGAUGAGUUAUUUCACAUUGCCAGCGUGCCGGAAGACAAGUUCAUGUACGAGUUUGACACAUUUGAAAGCCUUGAUGCCACUAACGUAUCUCUUGCUGUGAACUACGUGAAAUGCAAAGACAAGACCAUCACAACACCACCAGUAACGGAAGUUACAACCGAGUUUAACAAUUGUACCGAUACAGAACCAAAUUGUGCAGGUUACGGAAAAGACGCGUGCACGGAUUAUAAACCAUGGGCGUCUGCACAUUGUGCAUUAUACUGCGGCUUCUGCCAGGGUCGCGCUACCACGCCAGUACCGUGCGUUGACGCCAUUCCAAACUGCGACUCUUACGGCCAGUUCUAUUGUGAAAAUAAGGAAUUUGUCGGCUGGGUAGCCAAAAACUGUCGAAAAUUCUGCGGACUCUGCACGGCACCGGAAGUUUCCACUGUAACUACUCCAUCAACUAUCGCCACGACAACCGUGAAAAUAUGCCAAGACACGAUCGACAACUGUGCCGGGUACUUGAACUCUUGCCAGGAUGAUCAAUACCGCGGAUUCUUGAAUGAACGGUGCCCGGCAUCGUGCGGAUACUGUCAGUCUCAUAAAACCAUCAACGAAACGACAGUCAACGGGGCAAAAUGUCCCGAGUGGUAUAUACCAACGGAAUGUUACAUGGUGAACUUGUCUCCAGGGUGCUGCCCAAUCCCACAAUGCCCUGGCUCCGCCUACAUAUUUACAGCCGAAAAAGACAAAUAACCCCAAAAGAUAGAAAAUAGACAAAAUUGAACUUUAUUUGUGGUAGCAUUUUUUGACGCAAAAGCUUUUUCAAUCAGAACUAUUUACUUGACAAAUACUAAGUUUUAGAAUUAAUCUAGUAACAAAUCAAAGGUGUAUCAUUUUUCCUCAUACUUUCAUGUACCAAUCAAUGUAUUUUGACUAUUUGACACUUUACUGCCUAACUAAAUAUUUGUUUUCUGUUUUCGUACACUUGAUUUUCUUUAUCAUUAAAACAUAUUUUUUCUUCUUUUUUCCUCUAUAAGCAACCAUGAACUUCAUAGUUAGACUUCUUUUCUUCUGAUAUUUGUGUGAAUAUACUUUAUCAAAUUGUAAGAAAAAAUAAAUCCAGAUCAUGUAUCAAUAAAAGAAAUAAAUCUAAAAACUUA